UGCUAAUCUUUGUCUGUGUCCUGCUUGGACCAACCCAUGCUAUUUGCUUAACAGGUCAGUGGGCAAACUGAUGGGACAGAGGACACACAGAAGCUCUGUUCUGCAGGCUGGUUGUGAAGUUCCUGUUUUUUGGAGAAAACGAGGAAGAUGGCAGCGACGUAUCAAUCAACCUCUCUGGAAAACAAGGAAUUAAUGGUUCUGUAUGGAGGGGAAAGAGACCAUUACUUCACCGAUGAGGACUGCACCAGUGAGGAGUAUGAUCUGGAGUCAGAGUGCAGCGGGGAGGUAAAAGGUGGCAGAAGCAUUCGCAGCGCUCUGUCGCUGGAAAUCUACGGUCUGCAGAGGGAGCAGCAUGUUUACUUCUCCAACCAGCAGUACUACAGGAGGCUGGAGGAGUUGAAGAGUGCUCACCUGAGGAACAUGGCCGAGCUGGAGAGGAUGUACAUUAGCCAAAGCGGGGAGAGGCACAGAGAGGAAGAUGACGAAGGUCUGGAAAGAACACAGAACAGAGAGGACAGACUGUCAAUCAGUAGCGGCCCUACCAGGAAACUCCAGAGGAUCAAUUCCCAGGAGGAACUGGACUUCCAUGACACAUCCAGCGGUUCGGACCAAUCAGAGCUCUGUGGAGAGGACAGCAUGAGGGAAUCGGAGCUGGACAAUCCAAGAAGAACUCGUGGCCAGGAUCAAACCUUUGGGAGAGACUUCCAGCUAAACCCAGAAGAACUGAUGAACCAGAAGCGGUUUCGAUUCCAGCCUAAAGCCUCCUGUCCGAAACCACAGGGAAGACCGUCCCUUCCAACUGGGGUCCGGGUCAGGUCAAACCUUAACGUCACCGUACCCAAACCCUUCCAGAUGAUGCUUAGAGAGGAGGAGAAGAAGAGGCACAAGGUACGAACUCGCUCGGAGAUUGAGCUGGAGAACAUGUUGCUAAAAAGGGAGCUGGAGGAGCUCCAAGAAUGCCAGAAACAGUUCCGGGCAUCGCCAGCACCAGCGCACAUUCAUUUACCUCUCUACAAAAUAAUCAGCGGUCGCCACAGUCAGCGAGCCAACCGAAGCAGAAGUAGCAGUAGUCUGAGUAACUGUGGCACCAGUAGCAACCAGGCCCCAGCUGCUGCUGCUUCACCAUCACCACAGCCUUUCCAUUUCCUGGAGAGAGAGAGGAGGAAGAAGGAGGCCAAGAUUGUGGCAGAGUUGGAGAAGCUGGGACCAAAAGAAGAACGCCAGGCCUUCAAGGCUAGACCCAUGCCUAGCUCGGUGUACGGCACCAAACACAGAGCACACACCAAGAACACAAGCCACCAGUUUCUAACCUACUGCACACUGGAGAGGGAGGCCACGGAGGGCCAAAGUGAUCCAAACUCUGACCUGGAGCUGGACGUGCCCCACUCCGAGUCAGAUAGCUCUCCUGACUCCAGUAGACCUCCAAGAGGUCUGUCCUCCAAGCCCGUGAAGAAGCAGAUAGAGCUGUCCAUUGAGAUGGUGAGGGGCAGGGAGUGGUCCUAAUCGGACCCUCUCAAAGCCACCUCCUGCAACCUGUACUCCCCUCUGCAGCCUGGUGGCCUCGAGCCUCGGCUCUCUUACAAGAGUGACAACUGUACAUCAGUGUGUGAGAGACAGUGUUCAUGAAUCAAAGAAAGACAAAAAAACGUGAGGAAACCAAUAGCUACUUCUAAACAGAUUUUUUAUUUCAGAGUCAUCCAUGCAGCAGUUGAUACAGAUAGUUUAGGUAUGGGAGGUCCUGUAGCGAGGUAUAGGUUGUUUUUAUAAUACAAUUCAGGGGUUAUUUUUUUAAGGUCUUAAAAGGUAAAUUGUAAAUUGAUUGCAUAUCAGAUGUAACAUCCUGACUUUCUCACACACACACACACACACACACACACACACACCACACCACAACAACACUUCAUAAGCGUGGAAAUGUUCAAAUGUAAAACCUAACUAGCUAGCCUUAUAAAAAACUAUAUACAAUAAACCACAGUCGUUAUUGAACCUAGAUAGAUCCAGAUAGAUCAGAUCAUCAUGAUGUUAUGCAUUUCUUAUUUUUUCAAACACACACACACACACACACACACACACACACACACACACACACACACAGCAACAGGAUCUGUUGGUCUAUUUCUUUAAUUGUCUAUUCUCUCAACAGGUAGAAUUGGUUGGAUAUUACUCUCUCUCACUCUCUCUCUCACACAUACACACACACACACACACACACACGUAGAAUUGGUUGGACAUAACUCCAUUGAGCAAACAUACAUAAUCAUAUUUAUUAUUUAGGGUUCAGUGUCUUGCCCAUGGAUACUAUGAUACUGGAUGUGGAUGGGAGGAUCGAACCACCAAGGCCACAGGUACCCUGUGGAAACUUUUGUACAUUGAGUUACAUUCACUGUUUAUCAUCAAAACAUAUGUUGUGUAUCUUAUUAAAGUGUUUCAUGAAUUUAAAA